AUGAUCACCCGUGACUUCUUGCUUGAGAGUCUAAAAUUCUCAUCAAUGACUGACAGAGAAGACAGUGUUACCGUCGCCCAUGGUGGCACCUUUGACUGGAUAUUCUCUGAUGAGAACCUUGGACAUGAAAAGUCACAAGUGGAGGAGUCCCUCACAACUUGGUUGUCGAAUGCCCAUGAUAGUGGCAUUUUCUGGAUCAGUGGCAAGCCAGGAUCAGGCAAAUCGACGCUGGUACACUUCCUAAGGCACCACUCCACGACUAUGGAUCUCCUUCACCGAUGGGCAGGCGACGAUCCGCUCAUAACAGCCGGGUUCUAUUUCUGGAUCAGUGGCACCUUGGAGCAAAGAUCUCAGACGGGUCUCAUGCGUCAUCUCCUAUUUCAAUUGCUGGACCAGGAGAAGUAUCUCGUCCCCGUUGUUUUCUCAGCAAAGUGGGAGCACUAUCAGUCUCUCAGCACGCGAGAACGGAUCAAGGCCUCCGUCUCAUGGGGCCUCCAAGAACUCAAGGAUGCUCUGAAAAGCUUCAUGCAGCACGCUGUAGGCCAAGCAAAAGUCUGCCUAUUUAUAGACGGGCUGGAUGAGUUUGCAGGGGAUUACCAGGAGAUCGUUUCCUUCUUCAAAACUAUGGCAUCGUCGUUUUCUCACGUAAAGUUUUGUUUAUCUAGCCGACAACUGCCGGUCUUUCGGGCAGCCUUUGCGAACAACCCCGGGCUAGAGCUUCACGAUCUUACUCUCCAGGAUAUGGCUGGUUAUGCUCGGGAUCAGCUGUAUGGGAAUUCCUUGACCCAGGCUCUGCUUGCUAAAACCCCAGAUGGAGCAUUUCGGCUUAUUGACGGACUUGUUGAGAGAGCCGACGGAGUCUUCCUUUGGGUGACCCUGGUAGUGCAGUCGCUGCUGCGCCAUCAGGAUUAUGAAGACGUCUUAGAAAUGCAUGAUUACCUACUUCAACAUCCAGCUGAUAUAGACGACCUGUUUACGUACUUUAUCUUCGAACAACCGGCAAAGAAUCAAACAAGUCUGAUCUCCAAACUGUUCCAGCUCCUGCAUGCUAGGGAGGAAGCAUGUCACGCCACUGGGCAGGAAGAGGCCGUCACUAUGCAGCUCUGGGAACUGGCACUUGCAUGCCAGUUAGAAGAGGGGAAAACAGCUAUCCCUGGUAAUGUGCAAGAAGCUACCGCAAGCGAUAUCGAUAAGAUUUGCGCACGAACCAAGAACCACUUCUCCAAUGAGUGCGCAGGUCUGGUCAUUGCGCAUGCUCCAAGCCCAUCAGCAAUCCGAACACAGGCCAGACUUACACCGGCGCAGCUGCUUGCUGAGAGCAACGUGUCCUAUGUCCAUCGAACCGUCAAGGAUUAUCUGUCCCUUUCGCAUGUCUGGGCACGACUCUUGGAAUCAAUGAUAGGAUCGUCAUUUGACCCGCAUCUAUCUCUUCUGACAUCCCAUAUUCUCCAACUCAAGUGGCCUCUCGAUGCCUUUGAACCGCAUCGACAGAUCGACGAGUGGUGGCCCAGUAUCCCGUUAGCAUUCACCCACGCCCGACUAUCUCAGGAUGCGCGAUCACAGCUCGUGCUGAUCCCUGAAUUCGACCGUGCGCUUUGUCAACAUUGGGCGUUCCGCGAUACCAUUGAGAAAGACCACUGGGCAAAGAGUCUAUUUUCUUCGUACGAGAAGCGAAAGAAUGCCGUCUUCCAAGACCCCUUCCUCUCACUGGCAGCCAAAUUCGGUUUAAGCAUUUUAGUCUGCGAAAGGGUUCACCAGGACAGACUCGAUGUUCCAGAAGAAAGUAUCCCGCUCCUCAGCCACUGCAUCGAGUUUUUCGUCAACCGACGGAAAUCUGUAUAUCCACUGUCCGGCCCGGACGUUAUCAGCAGCCUUCUUGCCAAUGGCGCCGAUCCCAACCAGACAUAUAAAGACCUCGACAAGAAGUACCGAACCCCCUGGCUGGCUGUACUAGAUAAGCUUCGUGAAGCAGAACGUCGCCGGUGGAUCCAGUUCUAUGAUACAGCGGAGGAAGGAACCCGGCGUCAGGCUGCCAUCGUGUCCCUGUUCUUGCACCACGGGGCUGAUCCCGAUGCCAUGCUGCCAGAAACUCGGUUUGAUCCAUCCGCGACUGCGCUCGAAGUAGUCACCAGUGUCUAUAGGAAGUAUGCGUCGCCGGAAUUUAGAAUGCUUCGGGACAAGCUGAUCGGACUGGGGGCAAAGGAGCGAGAGGGCCAUGAUAUGUUCUAUCGAGUGUAUGGGGAUUGA